GUUUGGGUUGUGCUAGUGCUACUGCUAUAUAAUUCCACAUUACAUUAGCCUUUGUUUGGAUUCGAUUUUCAAAGCACUUAUUUUGUAGUAAUAAUAUUCACACACAAACUAUCAAAUGGCUGGUGGAGACGAACACAGACUAAGGCUUGAACCUGAGAAACAGAGCCUUCUCAAUCGCCACACGGAAAAACACUUCACCGCCGGGGAAAUCGUCCGUGACAUUAUCAUCGGCGUCUCCGACGGACUCACCGUCCCCUUCGCUCUUGCCGCCGGUCUAUCCGGCGCCAAUGCAACUUCUUCCAUCGUCCUGACUGCCGGAAUCGCAGAAGUCGCCGCCGGUGCAAUCUCGAUGGGAUUGGGCGGUUAUUUGGCAGCAAAAGGUGAAGCUGAUCAUUACAAUAGAGAAUUGAAAAGAGAACAAGAAGAAAUCAUCACAGUACCAGAAACUGAAGCGGCUGAGGUGGCGGAGAUAUUGGCGGAGUAUGGAAUAGAGGAGCAUGAAUAUGGACCAGUGGUGAAUGCUCUGAGAAAGAAUCCACAAGCAUGGCUUGAUUUCAUGAUGAAAUUUGAGCUGGGACUAGAGAAGCCAGAUCCAAGGAGAGCAUUGUAUAGUGCAAUGACAAUUGCCAUUGCUUAUGUAUUGGGUGGAGUUGUUCCUCUCAUUCCUUACAUGUUCAUUCCAAAUGCAGCAGAGGCUGUUCUGUUUUCAGUAGUUGUUACACUGAUUGCAUUGCUUAUAUUUGGCUUUGUCAAAGGAUGCUUCACCGGCAACAAACCUCUCAGAAGUGCUUUGGAAACUGCUUUAAUCGGCGCCAUUGCCUCUGCGGCUGCUUAUGGUUUGGCAAAGGCUUUCCAUUCCUAGUUUCAUGCUUUGCACUUGAUGACAACAAAGGAUGGCUCGUUUUACAACUAUUAUUUCCUAUUUCUUGGCUAUUAUCUUUUUCUUGUGGCAAUUUUUCAUUUUCUCGCCACACUUUCAUGAACAACUACCUUUUUAACUUUUGGCUUGAACUUUUAUGGUUGAUAUCAAUUUGCAUUUUAAUAGUCUCUUUUGAUAAAUGGAAUGCCUAUUCGUA